GGCACCAACACACGCUUCGAGACACACGGAUGACGGAGUGUCGUUGGAGCCCAGAAGUUGUUCAUCGUGCAUACAAAAAAAAUUGAUCAGGAUAUUCGAAGUAGAGGGUAGUUGUUGUGUUUACCAAAUACCCGUGGAAAUGAGUGACGAUGACCGUGAUAUCGAUAUCGAGAGCGAUCAUUGUUUAUAUCCCUCCCCAGGAAGGUGAUGACUCUGACUCCAGGCAAAGGCACUCUAACAAUACCCAGUACUACUCGCAGGCCGAGAAACGAGCCCAUCACAAUGCACUGGAGAGAAAACGACGGGAUCACAUAAAGGAUAGCUUCUCGAGUCUUCGAGACUCGGUGCCAGCUUUACAAGGAGAGAAAGUUGCCAGUAGAGCCCAGAUACUGAAGAAAGCCGCAGAGUACAUACAGUUUAUGAGGCGUAAAAACACAUCGCAUCAACAGGACAUCGACGACUUGAAACGCCAGAACACUCUGCUGGAAUCUCAGAGUUUGUGUCUUCGCAAUUUUCGAACAUUGGAAAAGGCUAAAAUAACUGGAAAUUAUGCCGCCGAGUCUUGCGAUGUCUCGAAAUCUGAUUCUGUUGGAAUUGGAUCUUACAAUGAUUCGGAAUCCGAAUCCUCCGACAGUGAAACUGGUAGGACUAUCCGUAAUCAUAAGAAGCUAAAAGUGGGGGGGAUGCAUCACUGACGGGAGUCUUAAGAUAUACAAUAAGAAACAAAAAAGGGAAAAAAACUUGAAGAAUUAAAAUUUUUCCUCCAUUAUUACCGAUUAUCAAUAUUAUUUAAUACUUUUAUUUUGAUAAAAACGAACUUUCUGUAAAGUAUACGUGUAUAUACAUAUAUAUAGAUAUAUAUCUAUAUACAUAUAUACAUAAACAUAUAGAUAUAUGUAAAUGUAUUAUGUAAACAAUUGUAAGGUAGGUACUUAUUUAAAUAAAUCUUAGUCCUGUUUA